AUGAAGUCAAAGCACAACCGGCGCGAGAGCGAGAGUCACGGACCCAUCUGCUCCUCAGGCGUUCUUGCCUACAAGGUCCAUACCCAGGACCCCAACUUGACGCAGUCCGUGGCUCCAGUUCCUUUGUAUGCACAGCUGGCAGCAGCCAUUCCCCUGGCAACGACGAACUUGACGAACUACACGGGUCUCAUCGCCGACCGCGCGGCUCCGCCGAACCCCAACAUCACCUACCAUUUUGGUUUCCUGGCGAGCGACCUUGCCGUGCUGUCGGACAAAGUGAGCGGCUUCUACACCGUGCUUCACGAGAUGCUGGGGGAAGAGGGGCCGAAACUCUGCCCUUUGAAUAAGCAGAGCCACAUCAAGGAGUGUCUGAAAAUCGCUACGUGCUUAUUGCAAGAGCACGUGCCGGAAGACAUCGAGCUACCGCAGUACACCACUUACCUGGAGCUGGUGACGGCCUUUGUGGAGAUCGGCUGGCCGGUUCUCAAGAGGAACUUGCUGUUGGAGGAGCCUACCCCGACGUUGCACGCAGAUGACGUGGCCCCAGCACAGUACCAGUGCGAUGAGCUUCAGCAUCCAGAAGAGCCCUUCGGUCACGCGUUCCUGGACUUGGGCUUCAAGGCUUCCAGGACCCUCGCGAUGUCCGCUGCGCUGAGCCAGGCCUCCAAAACCACCUUCCAGGUGUUGGACGCUCAUGAGGACAACAAGGCGUCCGUGGACGCCACUGUGCAGAAGUUGCACCAAGUGUGGCAUCCCUUUUGCAAGGACCUGGGAUGCGAUCACAGCAACUUCUGGGACAUUCAUUUCUCCUCGCACCAGCAAACGAUGGCGCUGAUGAAGCUGGAAUCUGCCGCACAUGUGCGGGCUGAGAUUCAGCAGCGUGCCCGGCUUCAUAAGAGGGUCCUGCGCUUCGUUGAGGAGAAUCAUGUCUACUAUGGCCAGAUCAGAAAUUCCAGCUCCCCCGGCCGAAAGUUCUUGGACCCGGUAUUCAUCCAGGCGUCUUCCAGAAAGGCCUGGCAGCGAUACGCCGAGAAGGGCCGCAGAUCCAUGAUCUCGUUUGUGAUGCCAGUCAUGAGAAAUCUCGCCAGCAGCAACCAGAGCAGGGCCCUGCAGCUGUUGGACCAGGUGGAAUUUCGGAAGUUUCAGCAGCGACAGGGCCAACGGCGUCAGAAAUAUGAGGAGCCUGCAGAGCCGGACAUGCCAGACGUGGACAUGCAAGAGGACCAUGAGGAGUCGGAUGCAGAGGGCGGCCUGACAGACGAGUCUGAGGAAGAUGAAGACGAGGAAGAACCCAUGUACCUGCAGGUGACCGACGGUGGCGUGGCGGAGUCGGAAGAGGAGACUGCGGAGAGCGGCAGCCGGCGUCGUCGAAGGCGACGCCGAAGAAGGCGAAGACGAAGGCGAAGACGAAGACGACGAAGGAGAAGGUGGAUCGGCGGCAGAAGGCGGCGAAGACAUCGAAGGCGGGUCUUUGAGGCGGCCGUGGCAGCUGUGGCCAAAGAGGUGGAGAAUGUAGUGGACUUCAUGGCGGGAGCCCUGGCUUGCAUUGGCACUGCCGCGGAGUUCACCAGCACGGGCUACUCGUAUGAGGCAGUCCCUGGCGCGGUGAGUCUGAGCAUGGGCCUCUCCACCGGCUCUGGGCAGAGCCUGGACAAGUUGGUUAAAGGCCACCCGCCAGUCGCCUUCAUCUCCCUGGACUUUGGUUUUGCGGUGGGCGCCACUUAUAAGCUGACGUGGGCUGGUGUUGGCCUGGGCGGCGGGGUCGGCUGCAAUGUGGGCGGCUGCACGGCUUACAUCGUGGUGGCGGUCAUCGGAUCCGACGGCGACUGGCGCGCCUUUCGGCGGGACAUCCUGGACCUGUCCUCGCCGGAGCUCUCGGUGGCUGAGAAGCUGCACGUGGUGGCCACCAUGCGCCACACCUACCACGUCUUCGAUCUGCGGCUCUGUGCCAGCGCAACGUUCGCCGCACGUCUGCCGCGCGCCGCAGCGGGCAAAACUUUUUCCGAGGUGCAGACGCCCUUCGCGCUGCGCGCCGGCUGGCCGCGGACGCAGACGCUGGAGAGCCCGGCCCCGGCGGCGGCCGCGCCGCUGCGGAGUCUGGUGGCCUCAGGCGUCGUGGGUGGGGGAACUGCGGUGAACGGGGGCAGUUGCCUCUACGCAGGCACCCAGUACUACCCCCUGUCUCCGCGCGCGCGCCGCCGCGCGCAGAGCCAGUCCAAUGCAUCGAGCGCACUGCCCACCAUGCCCUUGGUGCCGGAGGCCCGUCCGCCGGAGACGGAGCCCUUGCUGAGCAGAUUGCACUCGCCCUCCAGCCUGGAGGCCAGCUAUGCGGGCUUGGACCAAGCGCGCCGGCUGCGGGGCCCGGCCACGCCGCCUCCCACGCCGCCGGGGACGGCCGCCAAGGUGGCCCUCUUCCGGGACCGCGAGGUGAGACCUGCGCCACGCCCAGGCCAGGAGCCGCUGGCAAGUGCUGCAAGAGUGUCGCCGGAGGCGCUGCGCUCCGCGGCCUCGCCGUGCUCCAGCUUUGCGGACCGACUCCAGCUCGCCGAGGAGGAGAAGAGAGAGCUGCGACGACAGCUGCAGGCGUCCACUCAGAGGGCCCAGAACUUGGAGCAGGAGCAACAGGGAUUGAAGACCUCGUUGCUGCGCAUGGAGAAGCUGCUGGGGGAUCUGGUGGUGACAUCAAGCCCUCCGCAGGAGGACUUGCGGGCUGUGUCGCCUGGAUCCUUCGGCCGGCCGGACUUUGCCUGGUCCCAUUCGCGCAGAGGCAGUCCCGCGCCGCAAGGCUUUGCACGGGGCAUGUCCAGCCCCGUCAGGGGCGUCAGCUAUGAGAGCCGCUGGGAGAGCCCUCGUCGCGGCACCCGCGUGCACGGCCUGCGCCGAGAAAGCAGUCCAAAGAAUGGAUACUUCGGCGUCAGUGCGCUGGGGGAUAGCUUCCGACGGGAAAGCAGCAUUAGCGCGCUGAAUAGCCUGCGCCGAGAACGCAGUCCAAAGAAUGGAUACUUCGGCGUCAGUGCGCUGGGGGAUAGCUUCCGACGGGAAAGCAGUCCAAAAAAUGGAUACUUCGGCGUCAGCGCGCUGGGGGAUAGCUUCCGACGGGAAAGCAGUCCAAAAAAUGGAUGCUUCGGCGUCAGCGCGCUGGGGGAUAGCUUCCGACGGGAAAGCAGCCCCAAGAAUGGAUACUUCGGCGUCAGCGCGCUGGGGGACAGCUUCCGCCGGGAAAGCAGUCCACACAACGCAUACUUCGGCGUCACCGUCGGGGAGAGCCUGCGGAGGGAAAGUAGUAUGAGUGCGCUGGGCAGCAGCUUCCGAGAGAGCAGCCCAAAGAACGGAUACGGUUCAGCGUUUGAGGGCCACGUCCGCAGCCCGUCGCCAAAGAUGCAGACGGCCUACAGUACGGUCGACUUCUUCCCCAGUUCCGUUCCCGAGGUGAGAGGAGAGGUGGCGCGUGACCGUUACAGCCUGCUGCAUAUCUGCCAAAACCUGCCGUCCCGGCUCAGCCGCGGCAAUUGCCAAUGA